AUGCCUUCUCUUUAUCCUCGUUCAACGCUCAAGAGAAUCAUAAAAACUCACCAAUCUAAAGCUUUAAGUAAGAAUGUUGAUGUCUUGAUCUACCUUAAUUGCAUGAUAUUCCUUCAAAAAUUAGCUCAAGAGGCUAACUCUGAGGCUGAAGCCAGUAAAGAAAAUAUGAUUGAAAAGAGACAUAUUAAAGCUGCUUUGGAGGCAAGUAACAUUUGUAAAGUUGCAUAA